AUGCAUAGAUCCACGGCCUCGACGUCAACCGGCGGAGGAGGUCUGUUCAAAGGGGGCAACAUUUGGGGCGGCAGUAGCAGCAGCAAGACAUCGAAUUCAGCCAGGCCGAGCACAAGUGGAGGAAUCUCUUCUUCGACCGCUACCUACAGCGAGUCUGCAUCGGCAUCCGCAUUCAGUUCGCUCGUCGGGUCUAAGACACCAACCUUCAGUCGCAAAGCCUCGAUAUCUGCCAUCACCGGGAAAUCGCAUCGAGGGCGCAAUAACUCCACGACUGCCACGACUAUUUCUCCAGAGAGAAGAGCCCGCUCGUCUGCUGCGCAGCAUAGGGAGGUGCAGCCUUCGUCUAUACAGGAGAAUCCUCCGGUGCCCGUUGGCAGUCUAUUCGCGCGGAGGGAAACGGAACAGCAGCCCAAGUCUGCAGACAGUUUCCAGAAAGUUGCAGCUGCAGAAGCUGCUACACCUGCGUCUGGGACAGAUUCGUUCUCUUCAACCACUCCAUUCGUCAAUAUGUUGGCACGACCAGGGACCGGAUAUCAGUCCUCUACGACGACAAUACCACCACCGAGUCCAACAUUAGAAACCAUUACAUAUCAACAUAUACAAGAGACAUCUUCGAAACGAAUAUCUACAUUAGAUUAUUUGAGGAAAGCACAUGAAGGAAGAGUAUAUUGGUUCAACACCCUCCUAUUUAACAAACCCGACCUCCAACGCAUGCCCUACUUCGAAUCCCGCAAACUCGCCCGCCGCGCAACAAACUACCUCCUCCUGGGCCUCUCCCUCCCCACAGUCCUCGACCUCAACUCCUCCACCCCCACAGAAUUUCUCAAGACCCUCAACGCCCUCCUUGCAGAAUUCGAGUCCUUCCAACAGAUCCACCCACCAGAUGGCUCCACCUCCCUAUCCCGCGGCCGCUUCCCCCAGAUGUUCAAGCGUGCCACAGGGACAUCUGGCAAAGGCAGACGAACGAGUUCUGCAGCAGAGAUAGGAUUACCAAUGGGGAACGACUCAUUUGAUUCCAAAUCUACGAAUACGAAUGCGUCAUCUGGGACCGCAAAUAGUUCUUUCCCGAUUAGUGAGAAUGAUUUGCUACCUGGGGAGGAGUAUACGCAUUUGUUGACGCCCAAUCUACCAUUUGAUCCGGACUUCUAUGAAACGUUCGCGACGCUGUGUGAUGUGCUGAUAGACUGCUAUACCAGACUCAUGAGUCUGGUGGGAAGUCCAAGAGAAUGUAGCCCUAUUGUGGCAGAGUUAUUUACGAAGGCAGAUUCAAGGGUUAGGAAGAUUAUCGUACAAGGUGUUGUCAAGGAGUUUGAGGAUAGUAGUAGGGGAGGGGUUAAGAGUGAAGUUGCUGGAGUUGGGAAGGUUGUUCUGGGUGGUUUGAUGUGAUAGAGGACUGACUAUAUUGAUACCUAACCUGGCAUGGCGUUUGGAAUUGGGUGGGAUAUGCAUGAUUUAUGGUGUCAAUGAUAAAAUGAUGGUGGGAUAGGUUGGGAAGAAAGGUUAGAAUAGCUUUGCAAAUUUAUGCUCAGACCUAUAUAUUGUAAUAUAAGCAAUAAUUAGCUGCUUGCCUUACACAAGAAGUCACAGGGCUGAAACCCAAAUACAGAUUUGUAGGAAGCUUCAAGGGUGAUCACGGGGGUGUCGAUGUUCUUAGACCAAAGCCUUUUACAGCGACAUUGUGACGACUAGAUUUGGAAAGGCGGAUGAUCUUACAAAUAGCCUCUCUACAAAUAUUAUCCAGCAGUGAGAUUUUCAGCAACAGGACUGAAAUUUACUGAGAU